AUGCGCCCUCUCGUGGCCGCACGCUGCCAAGGCGGCUGCUCAGAGAAAGGCGAUGGCAAGGGUCAUCGAGCCCAACCGGUGCCUGUUCAGGCAGGACCUCUCAGCAGCCUCUGCCCCAACGGGAACGUAUUCUGCCCCCUUUGCAGGGAAGGGGGGCCCUUUCCUUGGCAGCACCUUCCUAGCCCUGCAGGGGCUGCCGCCUGCCCACGUUCCCUUGCCCUUCUUGCAGCCCCCAGCCCAAGCCGCCCAGCUCCUGCCGCUGCUCCUGCACCCCCCGCCUCAGCCCCCCCACCUCCUGCACCCCCUGGCCCAAGCCCCCUUCCUGCGAGGCCGAGUGCUGCACCGCCUGCCGGACCUCCUGCCCCUCGGGCUCAAGGCCUGGCGCCGGGCUCACAUCCCGCUCGCCAUGGGGCUGGUGCUGGCCCCACAGGCCCACCUCCUGGCCCAAGCCGGCCCGCCCCUCCUGCUCCUGGCGGCCCCCCAGGCUCGGGCCUUCCUCCUCCUGGCCUGCCUGGCCCAGGCCUUGCUCCUCCAGCAAGCCUGCUCCCCGCGGACCCCCAAGCAGCUCUUCCUGCUCCCCCUUCUCCUCCCAGACCUCCCCCAAAGGCGGGUGCUCCUCUUCCACCCCACAGCGCUCCGGCCGCUGGCCAGCUGACCCCUCCUGCACUCCAGUGCCCCUUGCCAGCCACCUCUCGCCUGCCCACUGCACCUGCCAGGUGGCUCCUGGGGGGUCCUCACCCGCCUCUCCCCCACCCCACUCUGCAGCCACUCCUCUGCAGCCUCCUCCUGCUCGCCCCAAAGCCCCCCAGCCAAGGGCCUCCCCCUGCCCACCCCCCAAGGGGCUCUCCUCUCCCCCUGGCCUGACUCUGCUCCUGAACCCCGCCACGCAGCACUUCCUCCUGCACCCCCGCCCCCAAAGCCUCCUCCUGGACCCCCACCGCCAAGCCCCACGCCUCCUGGACCCCCUGCCCCAGUCCCAGCGCCUCCUGCUGGCAGCA